CCUCUGUGAGCACAUCUCAUUUGCUGUUUCUUCCAGUGGGCGGAGUAGCAGGGCUUCGCCUGGCCGCACAGCGCUACUCUCCGCUCCGCUCAGUGUUAUUAUAUUGCCGUUACCUAUCCACUCAUGCGGACCCCGCUAAAUCUGAUGGAAUAGCCGUGGGGUCUGGUGGUGGACUAUACUGGGCUUGAAGCGGACUGGGUGAACCAUGGCUGCUAAAGAGGACCUCUACAGUAAAAUCCUCCCUCGGAGGCUCCGGCAGAACCGGCCGGGCUCAGUGAAAUGUGGCUCCAAUCUUGAUGUGUUGUUAUCCAUGGGCUUCCCCAGACCAAGGGCACUGAAAGCUCUGGUAUCAACAGGGGGUCGGAGUGUGCAAGCAGCAUGUGACUGGCUUUUUUCCCACGUGGACGACCCAUUCCUAGACGACCCUCUGCCCAGGGAGUUUGUCCUCUACCUGCGACCCAGUGGACCACUACAGAACCAACUCUCCCACUUCUGGCAGCAGAGCCGGGUCACUUGUGGCAAAAACAAAGCCCACAACAUUUUCCCCCAUAUCACUCUCUGCCAGUUCUUCAUGUGUGCAGACCACAAAGUAGAAGCUCUAUGUGAGGCUCUCCAGGCCACCGUACAGCAGUGGAGGGGUCGAUUUCCCAGCCCGUUGCCCCUAGAGCUCUACACAUCCUCCAACUUCAUUGGUCUGUUUGUGGAGGAACAGGUGGCCGACAUCCUUAAGCAGUUUGCAGCUGACUUUGCUACAGAGGCUGCUAGAAAAGCAGAAGUCCACGUGGAGCCUCACAAGAAGCAGCUUCAUGUAACUCUGGCCUACAACUUCCCCUCUGAUCACCUCCCAUCCCUGGAGAAACUGGCCAAGGGCAUCGAAGUCAAGCUGGGCUGUGAUUGGCUGGCUGUCUUGUUCUCCCGUGACAUUCGUUUUGCUAACCAUGAGACGUUGCGGGUGAUGUACCCCUACAUGCCUCAGAAUGAAGACGAGUUAGAGCUGGUUCCUGGGGAUUUUGUCUUCAUGUCUCCAGUGGACCAGGGUAGCACCAGUGAGGGCUGGGUGUACGGGACCUCGCUGGCCACCGGGCUGUCUGGCCUGCUGCCUGAGAACUACGUCAGCCUGGCCGAUGAGUCUGACACCUGGGUCUUCCACGGCUCCCAUUCAUUCUUCAGCUGUGGGCCGAGUGACAAGACCAGUAAGGACAGAGGGAUGUUUGAUGGACUGCUGGACAGCCGACGCCCUGAUAAUACCAGUCCUGGAGACACACCCACCCUUAGUCUCAUUUGCCAUCCAAUGCAGGUCCUGCGGAUCAGUGGUAGUCACUCUCGGCAAUCCAAGCGAACACUGUUUGUGUGCCGGCACGGUGAGAGGAUGGAUGUGGUCUUUGGCAAACACUGGCUCUCCCUCUGCUCAGACAGUAAAGGUAGAUAUGUACGUUCCAAUCUGAACAUGCCUCUCAGUUUGCCUCUGUGGGGAGGACAGAGAGACUAUGACAUGGACACUCCUCUCACUGUCUUUGGAUCCACACAGGCCAGACUAGUGGGUGAGGCCCUGUUAGAGAGUAACACAGUGAUAGACUUCAUCUACUGUUCUCCCUCUCUGCGAUGUGUUCAGACUGCACAGAACAUCCUGAAAGGCCUGCAGCAGGAUGGUAAACUGAAGGUAAGAGUGGAACCGGGGCUUUUUGAAUGGACUAAGUGGGUCUCAGGGAACUCCCUGCCUGCAUGGAUACCCCCAACUGACCUGGCUGCAGCCCACUUCAGUGUGGACACAAUGUACAGACCUCUGAUCCCUGUCAGCAAGCUCACUGUGUCUGAAUCCUAUGAGAACUACAUGAGUCGGAGCUACCAAGUGACCAAAGAUAUCCUGUCAGACUGCAAAAACACUGGAAACAACGUGCUGAUUGUAGCCCACGCUUCUUCCUUAGAGGCCUGCACACGCCAGCUGCAGGGCCGCAGCCCACAGAGCACCAAGGACUUCAUCCAAGUAGUCCGAAAGAUCCCCUACCUUGGCUUCUGCUCCUGUGAAGAGCAGGGGGACACGGGGGUGUGGCAGUUAGUGGACCCUCCCAUCCUCCCCCUCACACAUGGACCAAACCACACCUUUGACUGGAGGGAGACACUCCUGCAGGAAUGAUGUCUGCCUGAUCUGACCCCCCCCCCAACCUGAUCAUACUGUACUCCCACAGACUGCAGUUUCAGACCAGUGCCCACAAAAUACUGGAACCUUUCUCUUUUCAGCCUCUUUAUGCAGCUGGUGGCGUCUUAGCAGUGACAUCUGAGGGAGCUUCCUGUCUGAAGAUGCGGAGCUGAGUCCCAGUCAGUGAACGGUUGGUGAACUGACCAGUUUCAGCAGUGAUUUGAUUCUGUUUGUCCGUGCUCAAAAUUCAUUGUGUUAUUAUUUUGUUGCAACAACGAAGAAGAGGCUGGUUUGGGCAGUAUGGCUGGGUUUUAGAAGCGCUGUGUGGGAGAGCAUUAGCUGGCAUUCAGCUGGAUCAUUCUUAAUAUUGUCAGCUAAGUCUCAGGUCAUUUUGUGAAAUUAGCAUUAGCUCUGCCUCAGUGCAUUACUAGCAAGAAACAUAAUUUUCCUACCGUAGAUAUAGCAGACAAAGUAAACAGGACUGAAACAGAAUUGUGACACUGAAGUACUGCCAUGGAGAGCAAAGGUGUGGAAGAUGGAGAGUUUAGCUUUUAGCUCAGAAGACUCAGGUUCUGUUUCUAUUUAGUAAAGUUUAUUUUCACUGAACAUUUUUCAUAUUUCUCUGAGCCAAUAGUUUUAGUUCCCUAACUGUAAAUGGAUCUUAAGCUAGAUUAACUCCAAACUCUGCAAACACUUGUCUAAACUUUACCGAUAGCUAAUGUUAAAUGCUAAUGUUAAUGUUAAACAUUAGCUCUGCCUGAAAUCACUGCCCUCUUUACUUUAUUCUUUAUUUUAAUGAGCAGUAAAGUGAGACAGGUGCAGUGUUGCACAACUGUAAUUUCGGUAACUGUCAAAUCUGAUGCAUUGGAUUCUGGGAUUUUUAGCUAGAAAUAGUGUUCAUGCUAUGUACGUUAUUUUUUUCAUUCCAUUGUUUGAAUUUUUGAGGACAGGGUUUACAUGAAUUUCAUAAUUCAGACACCUGUACCAGUAAACAGUGAUUUUGGACACAGCCACAGUGACAAAUAGGUUAAAAUUAACUAAUAACAUGAUAACAUAACAUUAGCACAUCCCUAUUACAAAGGAGAGACCAUUUUGAUUUGACAACAUGUUAGUUUUUGCUCCAUUAAUAUCAAAGAUAGAACAUAAAAGUUGUUUCACCAUCAUUUAUUCAUCCAAGAAUUUUAUUUUCUGGUUUGUAAUGUGUGUUAUAGCCUCAAAGUGCUAGAGUGGCCACAGACUUUUAGCUACAUCAAAGAGUGUAGUUGCAGGUUGAUUUCUGGGCCAGUGCUGCCAUGCUGUGUUUGCAAAAUGUGUGUCCACAGUAUCUGAUUUGCAUUUGGGUUUGUGCUUAUUUCACAAAAUUUGAUGAGACUAGUUAGAAACUGUAACAAGAGUGUUAUGUCAUAACGGUGUUGCUUUCAUGCACAUGUCCCAGUAGCAUGUCCACAUCACAAUACAUGCAAGUAAGUAGGCUAUGCACAGGCUGUUGACUCAGCUCAGCUUGAACCACAGAGCUCCUGACCAGAAUGAAAACAGAACUGUUUGAAAAGAAAAGCCAUCAUCUGUUCUGCUUGCCAUGCUUCAGUAGCCGAGGGAAGACGUAUCAACUCAUCAGGGAUUCUUCUGAUGCUCAUGAUUCACAUAAUGUGGCCCUUCGUCUUGUCUCUAUUUCUAGCACCACAUGUAGCACAUACAGUACAGCUGUGUCUUCUACCAGUCAUGUAGUGUAUGUAACAAAAUAAACAAAUUCGCUUCUAUAACAGCACAACCUGCACUAUUGACAAUCAUACAGUAGCUUCUUGAUUCUGGUCCAGCAACAUUUUGAGUCUGUUUGUCUUAUGUUGUUCAGGGGUUCAGAGUAGCUGUAAAUAAUCAUAUUUUGAGGAAAAAAAAGUCUUCCAAUUUUAUUUGUAUUUAUUUAUAAACAUUUCUCUCAGAUGUUACAAGCAAAAAUAUUUAAAAAAAAAAAAAAAAAGAAGAUCAUCGCUUUCAACAGCAUGCAAGAAUUUAUCUCAGGUGAUGACUGCAUUGAAGACGUGUACAUGCAGCUUUGAAAACUGUUCCAUUGAUUGAGUGACUGUGUUGUUGUGAGUGCCUCUUGGAAUUAAAGUGACGUCUCCUGAUGUACUGACUGCCCACUCAUAGAUAGAGAAGAUGACAUUGUGAACUCAUUGGUUGUAAACAGAAAUGGUUUCCCAGGCUGAUAACCGAUGCACAUCACACAUGUAGCUCAUCAACACAUCAUAAAAGUUGUGUGUUUUGAACUUAUUAUAAGACAGAUGAUUAUGAUGAUAUUGUACUGUUUGGAGAACUGAUAAUUAUCUGCCCUGUCUCUGACAUCAGGUGCUUUCUGAAGCCAUAUAGUGUUGCAGUACAGUUCUCAUAUAGCAUUCAACACAAGUCUGUGGUCAGUGAUUUUCCCAUAAAAACACAUCAGUCUGACUGUCUUGUCAACUUACAUCAAAGCAUGACUGUAAGAGAGAACUCCCAACACACUCCGACACAUCAGAUCAUGUAGUUCAUCCACAGAAAGAAUCCUGGAUAUUAGGAAAUGACAUUUACAGAAAAUAUAUUGAUAUGAAUAAAUGAAAUAUUAAGAUUCAAACAAUUGGCUCUGGUUCAGUCCUACACAUCUUUCUUUGUAGGCUGCAUCUUAUAAAGGAAGUAUAUUGCCUGAAUACACCAAACAGCCAACCUGUUAUCUGUAAGUGUUUUUUAAACAGUUACCUUUUACUAGUGCAGCUUUAAAAUAAAACUAUGUCCAUAUAGAAGUUUGAGAAAAACACCCCUCCUGAUUCACUUUACCUCUGUAAACAGUGAUGUUUAUAUCGGUAAUGCCUGUCAGUACAGUACUGCACUGUAUGAGGUUCUGUUGUGAUUUAAGGAACCUUUACUGUGUUAAUACAUUAUGCGUCAUAGCACAGUACUGCUCAAACCUUAACAUAUGCACCUUUUUAUUCAUCACAGCAGAAUACUACACAGCGACCUCUUGACUGAGACAAAAGUGACUUCCUGUAGUACUUUCUCUGAAAAGUUUACUCUUAUUCAGUCUUCAGCACUGUUAAAAUCUCCACUGUGUGCUGAGCAGUUUUGAUACAUUAGUUUGUCACAUUUUUGAAAUGUGCUUAUUCACUUUGUUGCUGGGAGUUAUAUAUAACUAUAUAAAAAAUAUGUCUACCAACACCUCCAAAUAUUAAUAAUUCAUAUUUUAUUUUGUUUAAACAGUGCCAGACUCCAAGUCAUUGCACAUAGCUGUUCUCCCACUUUUUAUGCUAAGCUAAGCGAAUCCAUUUUCCAGCUUUAGCUUCCCUUUAGUCUCCCUGUGGAGUUUUUAACCUCUAACAGUUCUUUGAGGCUCAGAGCUGAAUGUACAUUAUAACAAAAAACUUUUAUCUGUUUACAGGAAAACUCCUCAGGGCACCUUCAUAUAUAAACUUGAGACUGAAAUCAGUCUUCUCAUCUAACUCCCUACAAGAAUGAGAAUAAGCAUCUUUCUGAAACUAGAAAUUUAAAGAGCAUUCUGAGCACUUCACAUUGUCCUUUGUAGUGUUAAAAACAGGAGUCACAAUUAAGAAAAUCAAAGGUAUGACACACCUUUACUCUAGUAACUGCAACACAACUGGAUUUGGUCUUAACUGACUCUUUCCAAUGAAGGAAAACUUCCCUGGGAGACAUCUGAGACAUAAGAUCCUCAUCUUCAUAUUCACAAACCAUGUUUCUAGAGAACAAAGAGUGAGGAGGGCCAUAUGAAAGAAACAGAGGAUGAGGCCUGGUUGUUCCUGUAUUUUUAAUUUAUUGUCUGAACAUAUCACCAAUGUACAGAGAUUAAUUUAAAGUUACUUCUUUUCACAUCAAAAUAUAUUUGUUGGUUUGUAAUUUCAGAUGAGGUGUGUCUGGUGGCUUCAUGUAAAAAUUAUUUUAGCUUAUUGUGUCAUCUGUUCUUGUGUUUGUGAAGCACUGAGUUACAAAGAAAAAAGCUGUCCUUUUUAAACAGCUGUAUUAUUUUCAUAUUUUGAGUACUCUUUGAGCUGGAGAGAGAACCUUAGCAACAUGUCAUUCAAUGAUCUGUGGUGACUGUUUAUUUGCAGUUUGGUUUUGUUCUGUCAGAACAUUAAAUAAAAGCAGAUUUUUUUCUCCAUAGCAAUAACAUUAUAAAACAACAGAAGUGCAGAGUUACUAUUUAUCCCUUUGUUUUGCACCUAUGCUGCCAAUACUGUAAAGGAGUACAAAUAAAAUAAAUAAUAAAUAAAUAAAACUUGA